AUGCGAUUGCGAUCGGGAAAGCGGAAGAGGUCUCCCUCCUUACCAAAGUCGUCAAAGUCUUCUGCAAAUGAACGGCCGAUUCAGGUUUCGGAUCAGAGCGAUGAGGACAUGGUCAUACAGCCCCGCCGAAGAUUAAGACGUGGCACCGCCAACGUGCAGCCCAUUGUGGUCGAAGAGGAUUCUGAGGACUCCGAUGAGCCUGUGCGCUCCUCACCAAUCAAGAGACGCAAGCGAAUUAUCAACUCAGAUCCCCCGAAAACUCCGCGGCGGCAAUCACAGCAGGAGAUGUUGGAUCUCGAAGAGGAUCUAGAGGACUUGCAGGACUCAGUUGUCAAGAAUACGCGGACCCGAGGACGUCUAGCCAAUUCGGCAAGAGCUCAACGCCAACGUCAUCUAGAAGCCCUAAGACGCCGAAGGGCUGGUGGAAAAGACCAGGACGAAGCGGAGCUGGAACAAGACUCAGGUGCUGAGCACUCGGAUGAAGCUGACUCUGACGACGAGUCCGAGAGUGAAGCUGGAAGCCAAGUACGUCAGCCCCAGUUUCGCCGCCAGGAAGAGAGCGAUGUCGAGUCAUCUAUUGCGGACAAUGAAGACCUCGACCAAUACGAGAACGAUUUCGUAUUAGAGGACGAUGAUGGCGAACUGGGAGUGCCAUCCGCUUUAGAAGAUAUGCCGUUCGAGUUUUCUCGGCAUGCUUACAAACAGUUGAAAGAAUAUUUCCAAGACGCUGUUGAGUGGAUGGUAAACAACCAGAUCAACCCUGCCUUCCCUCGUUCCGAUCCGGUGUAUGAAGUUGCGUUCACCAAACUUGAAGACGAGGUCAAAGGACGCACUGGUUCUCAGCUGGUAUCUUCCGUCUGGAACGCCAAAUUUCGCCGAGCACUCCUGGCAAGACCUCAUGUCGAAAUCACUCUUUACCCGAUCACAGACAAUCAUCCUUGUGACGCGUGCAACAGGUCUAAGCAUCCUGCUUCGUUCGAUAUGAAGCUAUACGGCAAGGCUUAUUCCUUGGAGACACUCGAACCAUUGUCAGAUGAUGAUAGCGAUGAGGACGAUGAGGAAGAUGAGGAAGACGGCCCUGAAAGGGACAGAGACGGUUACAGCUUACCAGAUGAGGACACGCGGUUCUACCUUGGACGCCAUUGCAAAAACAAAGCCUCGCUAGCCCACACUCUCACCCACUGGCGAUUCCACCUUAACGAAUGGGUUGUCGACUACCUCGAACGCAUGGGUUACUUAGAGGACGACAAGGUUCUAGAGCGCAGCCAUUGGAGUCAUAAACGACAGGCCAGGUAUGCUUCAGAGGUGAUGGGCUCGAUGGUCGACAGCGGCGAGGUCAAGAAACUCUGGCGUGACUUCCAUAUUACCCUGAAAUCAGCGAGAGAGACAACCACAAUCUUCUGA